AUGCCAGAGAAGAUAUAUUAUCACGACGGCCCGAACAGAUUUGUCGAAGUGCCAAAAUGCGACUUGCUAACUUUCCUAUUCGAAUCCGAACACUGUCCAACAUUAGACGAAACCCCCCUCCAUCUUAAUGCGGAAAUUCCCUCCCAAAUAAUCACCAAGAAAGAUCUCCGCGACCUAACGGAGCGUGUCGCCCACGGUCUACGAACGAAUUAUGGCAUUGGAGCUAACGGACCAAAUAAGGAUGUCGUAACUGUUAUUAGCCAUGGGCAACCUUUUGUGUCAGUCGCCUUCUAUGGUACUAUUGCUGCUGGUGGGGUGUACUCCGCAGCCAGUCCAUCGUCGACAGUUGCGGAAUUAGCACGACAGAUUACAAUUGGUAAUAGCCACUUGGUAAUCUGCGGCCAAGAGAUGAAGGAGCUCGUUUCGCAGGCUGCCAAGCAGUGCAAUCUACCCCUAGAACGGGUGUUGGUAUUAGAGUCGAAUCCAUCUCUCAAGUUUUGCUCUCUCGAAGGCAAUAUCAACGUUGUUUCAGACAAGAGAUUGACAUGGCAGCGGAUUACGGAUCCCACGGCCUUGGAGAAGAGCCUUAUCGUGAUCCUAUGGUCAUCUGGCACAACCGGACUUCCAAAAGGCGUCAUGCUUUCCCAUAAGAACUUGGUUUCGGAGACCUUCCUAGUUAGUGUCUCGGGCAAAGCCUGGGCAGCAAAGGAAAUGGAAGCCGGGAGAGAAAUUCCCCCAGUCCGUACUCUUGCCCAUCUGCCGAUCAGCCAUAUAGCAGGCGUAUUUGGGUAUCUGAUAGGUCCGUUCUCCGCCGGCGGCCUUGUUAUCUGGAUGGGCAAAUAUGAAUGGAAGAAACUGUUGAGCCUUGCCAAACAAUAUAAGAUCACAUCGUUCUACACGGUGCCUUCGAUUUAUCUACGAAUCGCCAAAUCCCCGGAUGUCACAGAUCAGUUCAGCCACCUUGUUGGCGCUGCCACGGGAGCGGCACCCAUGGAUGGCGAUCUACAGACAGCUGCGAGCAAGAAGCUUGGAGAUGGCAGCCAAGUUGUAAUUGGCCAAACUUGGGGGCUGAGUGAGACUACCGGCGCGGUUACAAUGAUGCCGAAGGGGGUGGAUGAUUACACUGGAUGUAUUGGGUAUAUUAUACCCAAUGUUGAACUACGCAUGGUGGAUGAGUCCUAUAACGAUGUCGAGCCUGGGCAGCCAGGCGAGUUCUUGCUUAGAGGUCCAAUGAUUACGCAAGGAUAUUACAACAAUCCUCAAGCAACGAAAGAUACUUUCCACGACGGCUGGUUCUGCACUGGUGACAUCGGAAUUCAAAGAAAUGGCAAAUUUUACGUCAUCGACAGGAAAAAGGAACUCCUUAAAUAUAAAGGCCUACAGGUCGCUCCCGCGGAAAUUGAGAAUCUCCUCAUCACUCACCCGGAAAUUAGAGAGGCUGCUGUCUGUGGUGUCCCCAGCCCAGAAGACCCAGGUUCUGACAUUCCCCGCGCAUACAUUGUUGCUGACCCAGCUCGUGUAAGUGAACAAGCGGUUAAGGACUUUGUCAAAGACCGGCUGUCACCGUACAAGCAGCUGCGCGGGGGUGUGGUGUUUGUGAAGGAACUGCCAAAAAAUGCGAUUGGAAAGCUACUACGGAGAGAGUUGAAGGAGCGGGCGACAGCGGAGUUGGGGUUGGAUAAGAACGGGGGUCUGAAGCUGUGA